AUGGCCAACUAUCUCGCCUCCAUCUUUGGUACCGAGCAGGACAAGGUCAAUUGCUCCUUCUACUACAAGAUCGGCGCAUGCCGUCACGGCGACAGAUGUUCGCGCAAGCACGUCAAGCCUUCCUACUCGCAGACUAUCCUGAUGCCCAACAUGUAUCAGAACCCGGCCUACGAUCCCCAGAACAAGAUGAACCCCAGCCAGCUCCAGAACCACUUCGACGCUUUCUACGAGGAUGUCUGGUGUGAGAUGUGCAAGUACGGCGAGCUUGAAGAGCUGGUAAUUUGCGACAACAACAAUGACCACCUCAUCGGUAACGUUUACGGCCGGUUCAAAUACGAAGAAGAUGCGCAAGCCGCCUGCGACGCCCUGAACUCCCGCUGCGGAGAAGGAUGUGUACGUGGAGGGUUCUGCAAUUUCAUUCACCGCAAAGAUCCUUCGGCCGAGCUUGAUCGUGAGCUGCGACUGAGCACCAAGAAGUGGCUCAAGGAGCGCGGCAGAGAUGCGCGCAGCGUCAGCCGCAGUCCUAGCCCUGAGCCUGCCCGCCGGCGGUACUAG